AUGCAGGUGGAGAAGUGGUCUCACCCCAGCGAGAGCAGCAUGAGGCAACAGUGCUGGCAGUUGCAGAAGAUAACAGUCUCCACAGGAGUUAAGUUUCUUCAAAAUUUUUGCUUGUUGAAAGAACUUGAAGAAGGACAAAAAGGAAUAGGUGAUGGUAUAGUUAGCUGGGGCUUUGAAGCCUAUAAAGAUAUGACACUUACAAGGAGGACAGGCAUGAUUAUUGGGCCACCAAGGACAAAUUAUGAAAACAGAAUAUAUAACCUAAAAAGAGAAUGUGGAUCUAAAUAUCCAGAAGCUUCUCCAUCAGUUAGAUUCGUAACAAAAAUUAAUAUGAAUAGAAAUAAUUCCAGUGGAAUGGACGAUCCACGAAGUAUACCAGUGUUAGCAAAGUGGCAAAAUUCAUAUAGCAUUAAAGCUGUGCUUCAAGAGUUAAGAUGCCUAAUCAUGACCAAAGAAAAUAUGAAGCUUCCACAGCCACCAGGUACUCGCUUCUGUCCACUAAAGACCCAGAGGCAGGUCAAAGGCUGUGACCCACAAAUUUCCUUCAGCAGGACUGAAGGCUCCGCUUUCACCACAACCAUCCCCACAGACUGUCUACAGAGCGGUCUGGAGCAGAGGGCUGCGGCCACCAGGUUCCCUCUGCAGGGAGGCUGA